CCCUGCAGCUCCCGCCCCCCGCCGCUGCCGCCGCCGCCGCCGCCGCCGCCGCCUUUCUGUCUCCUCUCUCCCUCCGUACUGGACUCCGGUGCAUUUCCGGCCCGGGGGAAUUUGGCUUCGACCCGGCCGGGGCGCGCGGGUGGCUGCGGCCGGCCCGCGGGGUGGGCGUGCGCCGAGGUCUCCGUGCGCCCGAGGCCGAGCGGCCGCCAUGGCCGAUGUGAGUGUCGAUCAGUCCAAGCUGCCGGGCGUGAAGGAAGUGUGUCGAGAUUUUGCUGUCCUGGAGGACCACACCCUGGCUCAUAGCCUGCAGGAACAAGAGAUUGAGCAUCAUUUGGCAUCAAACAUUCAGCGGAACCGUCUGGUCCAGCAUGAUCUGCAGGUGGCUAAGCAGCUCCAAGAGGAAGACUUGAAAGCCCAGGCUCAGCUCCAGAAGCGCUACAAAGACCUUGAACAGCAUGAUUGUGAAAUUGCUCAGGAAAUUCAGGAGAAGCUGACUAUUGAGGCUGAGAGACGACGCCUUCAGGAGAAGAAGGAUGAGGACAUAGCACGUCUUUUACAAGAGAAGGAGCUACGAGAAGAGAAAAAGAGGAAGAAGCAUGUUCCAGAGCCUUCCGGGGGCAGUGCUUUUGGAGAUGGCUGCAAUUAUGAUGAUGGAGACCAGCCAAGGUCAAGGAGGGCCAGGGAAUUGGGUUCUGGAUAUGCAAGGUUUUCUAGACUCCAAAAUGAUGGGAAGACUAUAAAGCAGAAGAAGGAGAAACCAAGGCAUCUAUUGGAGAACUUGCAAGAGCUGGAGGAACCCUCUUCUUCAGAGAGAUUGGGCAGAGGGAAGGAUGAUGCCCAGACUGCCAUUGAUCAGCAUGAAAGAAAGCGGGCUGGUCAAGAGAGGCUCUGGAAACCUCCACUUCCAAAGAUCAGCGGUGAGGUAUUUCUGAGCACCGAACCUGAUGACUGGGAAGCUAACAGCAGCCCUCGAACUCGGAGUUGGGAAAAACGGUCCCAGUACCAUGGAAGACUUUCACCCAAGUCUUCACAGAAAACAGGGCUUUCCUCUGAGGAAAUUGUGUGUGGGAGGGACCUUGGGCAAGGUGACCACAGAGGAAGGAGACGUAAGCCCAGGACACUUCCCUUCUCAGAGGAUGAAGAACUUCACCACCACCAUGAUGCAGGAAUGAAACCAAGGGGAAUAAAAGAAGCUGUCUGUACUCCUGCACGAGCGACCCACAGGGACCAGGAAUGGUAUGAUGCUGAAAUUGCUCGGAAAUUGCAAGAGGAGGAACUUUUGGCUACACAUGUGGACAUAAGAGCAGCUCAGGUUGCCCAGGAUGAGGAAAUUGCUCGACUUUUGAUGGCUGAAGAAAAGAAAGCCUACAAGAAAGCCAAAGAGCGAGAAAAGUCAUCUUUGGACAAAAGGAAACAUGACCCUGAGUGCAAGUCAAAAGCAAAGUCAACACACACAAAGUCAAAAGAGAGUGAAGAAGCACACCGUUCCAAGAUUGACAGGCCAUCACGACCACCACCACCUACAGUGAUGGGCCUUGAGGAUCUGGACCAUCCCCAUUUUACAAGCCAGCACAGUGCCACUCGUCAUUUCUCAAAGUCAGAGUCCUCACAUAAAGGUUUCCAUAAUAAGCAGUAAAACAAAACAAACUGUGGGAUCUGCCUUGAAAAUGGACGUGCUGUAGCGGAUAUUAACUGAAUGAUACAAAAUGCAUUCCACGUUGACUGUUCUCCGUCUAUGUGCCAUUCCUGGGAGUUGCUAUCCAGUGUUUUCCUGACUAUAAAAAAUUUCAGUUCACUUCAAAUGUUUUGGUUAUUCUGGUCACUUGGGCAGUGUAAGGAAAUAUAGCUUCUGAAUUUUGGCCACCUCUUCUCUGAAUAGGUUUCCUGGGAUGUAAUUAGAACUGUGUGAAAUGACACUUGCUAGGUAUAGGAUAUUGGCAUCUAGGGACUAGGGUUUACUAAGCAAUUAGAAGUGUACUUUAUCAAGUAAAUCAUAACAUUUUGAUCAAAGAAAGUAUAGGAAAGGAUAUGAAAUAGCCGCUUCGUUGUUUUUAGUAUGAUACUUUGAAGGCUAUAGUCUUUGGUUUUUAUCCUCUUCAGAAAAAGUAGAAUCACCACAGUAAAAUAUAGGGAGAAAUGCCCAGAGCAGUGGAAGUCGUUGGUUAUUUUGAUUGCAUGGAUUGGAGCAGGAGAGGCUCUGGAGAGCCGUAUGACCCAUUAGGAAAGUUGCUUUGGGAUCAUUCUUGAGCACUGUGCUGCUGUUUCCUCAGUAGCAAGUCUUUCUGAAGGCUUUAGGCAAUGCAUCAUGUGCUAAUAUUUACUGGUAAAAACCUUAAUUAUCUGAUAUUUUCACUCAGGUUCAUGAAGAAUCAACUGAAAAUUAAAGAAAAAAAUAGCCUUG